GUGUUGCUGUUUGCAACAGAAAGCUUAGAUCCUGGUAAUCUGCCUGUCAGCUCAGUUCACCGUCGCUGGCUGCGGACUGAUAACCACCCUGAGGUCAGUGAUGCGGCCCUCGGGCAGCGCAGCGUGGUGAUGAACUGGACAGCACAAACCGUCACGCCGGGGAGACCUGGAAGUUUUAUCAGGAGGCUGUCGGUCGGAAAGAGCAAGUCCCAUGCGCCGUUUGUUUGUCAGUAUGACAGGUUUGUGAAUCACGGACAUUGACGAUUACCAUGAGCAGCUCCAGAGGGACGCCCAGUUCCUGUGUUCAGACCAGAGGAUGGAAGCGGAACUGGUUGACAGACUGGUGCUGCAGCUUAACAGGAUACACCCCCAGAUACUCAGUGACAAGGAAGCCCACAUGUUCAGGAACCUGAGCGUGCCCACCAGAGUGCGGCUACCUGAGCUGUUGAAGCACCUGCAUGGGAAGGGCGAGGAGGCGUGUUAUGAAUUCUACAGAGGACUUCACAUCCACGCUGAGGACGUUUACUUCAGCCUGCCCACCAGAGUCUUACAAAGAGAGGUGGCCGAUCAAAAAUGGACUAACAAUGUGGCGAUCCACCCGGAGCGACAUGUCCUUAAUGAGAGAGGACCAAUGUUCUUCCUGAGGUGUUUGAGUUUUGCUGCUGGGAUUGCAAUGUUCUACUAUUACGGAGAAAUUGAGACACUGAGAAGCACUGGUCUGUUUCUUCACUGCUCUGCAGCAAGAUUUAGUAAAGGUGCUAUAUAUGUUUUCAUUUCUUCUGCUGAGGUUAGAAAGCAGACAAAAUUAGGUUGUUAAGAUGCUGAAAUGCUCAAGAAGUAACCCUGUGAGAAGAACAAGCUGUAAAAUUUGCCGCUUUGGGGUGCCAAACUCAUAUACUCUUUGAGAACUAAAAAUGUCACGCAUUUGUAAGCACUAAUUGACUUUUUGUUUUUAUUAUCUAAAGCUGACAUUAGCGUGAGCCGCUCUGUCUUGUAGCCCCACAGUUAAAAUCUCUUUACAUGAAAAAAAUGUAAUGAGUCUGAUCUGGAUUUAUUACGUGUACAGAACUAAUGAUUCCAAUCAGCUCAAAUGAGUAACUUGUUUUCAAUCACUCUGGCAGAUUAGACCUCAGGUUGAACUAGUUGGAGUUAUGCUUGGAAUUAUAUGAUUUCACCAAACUCUACAUGCUAUAACGAAUGAUAAAGGGUUAAGUUGCCGUAACAGGUACAACUAAACCAACAGAAGAGCGAGGGAGAUGCAAUCAAGCACGAUUUGUACACAUGGGGUCUAUUUAGGCAAAAUAAGUGAAAACAUCAGUGUUGGUAGCUUGAAUCUGACAGUGUUGUGCAUGCAAAACACAUACUGCCCUACAGUUUUUCAUAGACAUAUAUUUCCACCCACUCACCCUCUUUCAGUGCCUUCUAAUACAAUAAUAAAGAGACUGUAUAAGCCUACAGACUAAAGCAUUAAAUACCAAAAUCACACAAUGGUGGGUUUGUGUCUGGCACUGUGAACGUGAAAUGUGAAAUGCAGAUAACACGAUAUAACAUUUAUUUUAGUGAUUGAACAGCAUCCAUAAAUACACUAGAGGGCAGUGCUUCCUCAUUCAGUGUACUAAAGCGGGAAACAUGAUGGAAAAUGUUUUGGUGUGCUAUAUCAAUAACAAACUAGAGCAACAGACAGCCACAUUAAUUAAUAAUGACAAUCAAAAUGAUUGAUUGAAUAGAGUCAACUUAAUUAAAUGCCUCAUUAAACGUUGUUGACCGCCAAAGAAAGACAUGUGUGCAGUCCAAAUGCCUCUGACACUCACUUUAAGCCCUUUCAAGUAUUUAUUAUAAAAAAUGAAGAAUCAGUAGGGCAAUAGCCAUAUUGAUGAUGCUUUACACAGUACUCAACUAUCUCAGAGGUCUGAUCUCAGGGGAUUUUCGGCACUGAGAUCACUUUUACGCCUCUGUCUUCUCUGCAAAAAGAGAGCAACAAAUGAGAGAGGGGAGUCAGAGAGAAACGAGGAAUGAGGAGAUGCUAAAGAGGGUUGAAAUUGUCCCCAGGGUGAUUGUUCAGUAUGAAUACUGGUAUCCACAUUCCCAAGACGGAGCUAUUAACGCACACAACCCCAAUGAUCAUCAGCAUCCUGUGAUGUUGGACCCCCACAGAGCCGCUCAUGUUCCACUUCAGGACUGAGAUGGAGCCAUAGACAUACAUUAUGUUUAUAUAUAUAUAUAUAUAUAUAUAUAUAUAUAUAUAUAUAUAUAUAUAUCAGUCCACAGAUCGGCCCUGAGUGGAGCUGUGUGUGUCAUCAAUCUGGCUCUCGGCUCGUCUGGCUGUUUCCACGGUUACCAAUGAUAGAUGUGGAGGAGGAAAAUUAUCAGAUUGUGACGUUGGUUUGUCAUCUGAAAAGUGCUUUGUCACAAUCCCGUUGAAGAAGAUACAGAUAGGAACAUGAAUGUUCUUCAGGUAUUUAGUAGAUGGUUACGUGAAACUCAAACUGCUUUUGUAUCCUUGUGUUAAACCACUGGAGUGUAUAAAAUGAGCAUUUGCUUGGACUCUAAUUGGGGUUUUAGUGACAUUGAUGAAACACAGUCUAAUUAAGGCUUCUAUUUUAACAAGCAGUUCUGCUGGGACCGUGCUGUGUUGACUCUGACUCACCAGCUGCUGGUCCAGAGAACCACAGUCACACUCCAGCUUUGCUCAGAGCACAGAGAGUGAGAGUCAUGGCACAAGCAAGUAUUGUUAUAAUUGAAUGUUAGGCACGACUCCUGUGGUUGGGGGCAGAUGUGUUGGUAGUGGUAAAGAGCUGUGGAGGUGAGACAGAUCUUUGAGUCAGAUGAGGCACACCCUGCGUUGCCUACAUUUGUUCAGCAGACCCGUCAAACCACCUGGUCCGAGCUGUCUGGAAAUGAACCGUGACAUCUUGCUUGAACGUCAUCAAUGUAAUUAAAAAUGGAAGUAUGUUCUGCUGCCAGCAUUUGUGUGUAUGUGUGUGUGUGUUUGUGGGUGUGUGUGUUUCACUGUGCUUUUGUGUCUGGCCAGUGCUCAGGGUCACUCUCGGGCAGCAAAGGAGACAGUGUGACCUCACAUGUGCCUGACUGCAGUUGUCUACACUUUCCUGUUUGUGCACUGAGAACAAAUGUAUUGUUUACGCACCAGACCCCUUUUGUCACUACUGCCGUUUUUCUAUUGUUCACUGUUUUGUCUUCGUGCAGGACAAUGAUUUUCUGGUAAAUGAACAGUAGUUGGAUUUUGUGAGUUGUUUUCCAUUGGAAAUUUCUCUGAGAGCCUGGAAAGGUCAGUGUGUUUGUAGGUCAGGUAGGGGAUUGUGAAGUAUAUGGUUGGUCAGGGGAGGAGAGGCCCAAAAACAUGCUGACUACAUGGACGUCUAUGGGAGACAACUGCAUAGUAAGGCAGGAGAGAAAAUGCCUGUUUGUAUAGAGAGAGGGGAGCAGAGAAAGAGGGUGAGCAUAAAGAAUACAGUUGUGGUCAAAAGUGUACAUACACUUGUAGAAAAUCACAAUGUUAUGGCUGUCUUGAGUCUUCAAUAAGUUCUACAACUCUUAUUUUUCUGUGAUAGAGUGAUCGGAACACAUACAUGUUUG